UCUCCGUUACACUAUUUGCUCAGAUCCCAGGCACAGCUCACACUCCUGCCACACCUCUCAUAUCUUCAGCCCGUGGAGACCAUCAACCCCUAAAUAAUUAACAUCUUGGCUGCAUGCUGGAAUCUGAUGGUGUGGCUUAUUCUUGGAGUUUAGAAUUCAAAUCUCACUUUUUGGAUCUGUCACAGGAUGGCUGGAAGUUUUAGAUGCAGAGCUGAAAGGAGUCACUUUAAAGCGAUGGUUGCUAUGAUUUCAGUGACUCUGGUUUACUCUUUUAACAUAGACUUGGAUCACCCUGUUGUAUAUCAAGGAACCAGUGGCUCUUUUUUUGGAUAUUCUGUACUGGAGCAUGAAAUCGAUGAUACUAGAUGGAUACUGGUUGGAGCUCCAAAGGCAGACUCAAUAUUUAACUCAACGAUAAAGUCACCAGGAGCAAUUUUUAAAUGCCGGGUCCACAGCAACCCCUUUAAAAGAUGCACUGAGCUGGAUAUUGGACGGGGACACAGUCGAGGGACUAGUUGUGGAAAGACUUGCAAAGAAAACAGGGACUUUGAGUGGAUGGGAGUGAGUCUGGCGAGACAACCCAAAGCUAAUGGCUAUGUGCUGGCCUGUGCACACCGAUGGAAGAACAUAUUCUAUGAAUCCGAAUACAUACUUCCUUAUGGAUUUUGUGUCAUCAUUCAACCAAACCUGCAGGGGAUCAUGAGGAGCCUAAUUCCUUGCUAUGAAGAAUACAAGAAAAAAUAUGGAGAGGAACAUGGGUCUUGUCAAGCUGGAAUUGCAAGUUCAUUUAUGGAGGAGCUGGUUGUAAUGGGAGCACCAGGAUCGUAUUACUGGACGGGCACAGUUAAAGUAUUAAACCUCACUGACAACACAUACUUCAAACUGAAGGAUGAAACUAUUCUUUCAAGACGCUAUACUUAUCUAGGAUAUUCAGUUACGACUGGCCACUUUUCUCAACCAACGACAUUGGACAUAGUUGCUGGAGCGCCACAGGACAGUUCAGUUGGAAAGGUUUAUAUAUUCAGAACUGACAAGAGAUCAGGGUCCCUCAUCAGGAAUUUCCAGGCGUCUGGUAAAAAGAUGGGGUCUUACUUUGGCUCCUCCUUAUGUGCAGUUGAUCUGAACUCUGACGGUCUCUCAGACCUUCUGGUCGGUGCACCCAUGUACACGGAGGUGAGAGAUGAGGGACAAGUCACCGUCUACAUCAAUCGAGGGAAUGGAGUACUGGAUGAACAGAUCAGUCUUAAUGGUGACAAUGCAUACAAUGCACACUUUGGAGAAACCAUGGUUAACCUGGGCGAUAUUGAUGAUGAUGGAUUUUCAGAUGUAGCCAUUGGAGCACCAAAGGAAGAUGACUAUGCAGGAGUUGUCUAUAUCUAUCAUGGCGACGCAGAUGGAAUAGUGCCUCAAUAUUCAAUGAGGAUUUCUGGACGAAGCAUAAACCCAACCUUGAGGAUGUUUGGUCAAUCCAUAUCUGGAGGUGUUGAUAUGGAUAAAAAUGGCUAUUUAGAUUUGACCAUUGGGGCGUUCAUGUCAAACAGUGUGGUCCUAUUAAGGACCAGACCAGUAAUAACCGUGGAUGUCACAAUACAUCUGCCACCUUCAAUCAACAUAACCGCACCUCAGUGCCACGAUGGUACACAACAAGUCAACUGUGUUAACGUCACUGUCUGCUUUCGGUUCCGUGGCAAGCACGUUCCUGGGGAAAUCGGUUUGUUAUACAACCUUACAGCUGAUGUUGCAAAGAAAGAAAAAGGCCAGCAGCCUAGAGUGUUUAUGGUGUCUUCUGGGGAGACAAUUGCACAAGUCAGUGAGAAACUACAGCUGUCUCAUAUGGAACAGAAAUGUGAGAAGUAUCUUGCCCAUGUGAAGCGCAGAGUGAAGGAUGUGAUCUCACCUAUUGUUUUUGAGGCUUCAUACAGCCUUGGUGAACAUGUUAUUGCAAAAGAUGAGAAAGAAUUACCUGCUCUCAAGCCUAUACUUCGCUGGAAAAAGGGACAGAAGAUGGCAGAGAGGAACCAGACAUAUUUUGAAAGGAAUUGUAGAUCCGAUGACUGUGCCGCUGACUUGAAUUUGAAGGGACAACUUCUGCUGUCCAGUUUUGAUGGCAAAACACCCUAUCUGGCAUUAGGAGCCGUGAAAAAUGUUUCUCUCAACAUUUCCAUUUCCAAUUUUGGGGAUGAUGCUUAUGACACCAAUGUGUUCUUCAAUUUUUCCAGGGAGCUAUACUUCAUUAAAAUGUGGCAAGAGGAAGAACAAGGCAUUUCCUGUGAGUUACUGGAAAUUGACUUCCUGAAAUGCAGUGUAGGAUUUCCAUUCAUGAGAUCCAAAUCAAAGUAUGGUUUUAGUGUCAUUUUUGAUACCACCCACUUGUCUGGAGAGGAGGAGGGUCUGUAUUUCCUCGUCACUGCUCAAAGCGGAAAUAUAGAACGGACAGAAUCUCUUCAUGACAACACCCUCAUUCUCGCUGUACCUCUACUGCAUGAAGUGGACUCUUCAGUCACAGGAUUGGUAUCACCAUCCUCCUUUGUUUACGGGGAGUCAGUGGAGGCAUCCAACUUUAUUCGUCUUCAGGAUUUGGAGUGUCAUUUUCAGCCCUUAAAUUUCACAUUUCAGGUUUUUAAUUCUGGACCAAGUACAAUGCCUGGAUCAGUCGUCCAGAUUUUGUUACCAAAUCGACUGUCUGCCACUGGUGCUGAAAUUUUUCAUAUUCAACACAUGAUGGUUGGUCAAGAGAAAGGGAACUGCACUUUCCAAAAGAAUCCUGUACCUUGUGUUAUUCCACAAGACAAAGAGAACAUCUUCCAUACAAUAUUUGCUUUUUUUACAAAGUCCGGCAGGAAAGUUUUGGACUGUGACAGACCAGGGAGAUCGUGUUCGGUAUUAAGUUGCUACCUGAGCUCAAUAGCAAAGGAGGAGUCUCAAAGUAUUGACAUCUCUGUGUUGCUAAACACGGAAAUACUGAAGAAGGACAGUUCGUCUGUGAUCCAGUUUGUCACAAGAGCGUCAGUGAUUGUAGAUACAAGUCUGCGGACUAUAGAGCUGCAGAAUGGAAAUGCAGAAACCACAACCGUGGUGUUCGAGGCGUUGCACAAUCUCGAGCCGCGAGGUUACGUAGUUGGUUGGAUCAUCGCCAUUAGUUUGCUAGUAGGAAUUAUUAUUUUUCUCUUGUUGGCAGUGCUGUUAUGGAAGAUGGGCUUCUUCCGCAGGAGGUACAAAGAGAUCAUUGAAGCAGAGAAAAAUAGGAAAGAGAAUGAGGAAAGUUGGGACUGGGUUCAAAAAACCCAGUGAGCAGCAAACAUCAACCCAGUCACAUGACACACAUUUGCUAGCUGAUUGGCUCUGCUCUUGUACCUUCCAUAUGUGGAAGAAAAGAAUAUUCUCCAGAUUUUCCGGAGGCCCAUUGAUGCUGUUUAUUCCUUUUAUCAGGCUAACUAGCAAAGAAGAGUGUGUCCUGAGGCAACCACUGACGCUGUGUGAAGUGACUGGAGAGAACCAUAACUUUCUCAGCUAAAAAAAAACUUUGUUGACAAAGCUGCAGUAAAUAGCAAUAUUUAUGAAUCCAACAUAUGUGGUAUAUCUUCAGGGGAAAGUUGUUACAGAAAAGUAUUUUUAUACACAUACAACUUUUAUACUGGUUUUGUCUUUAUAUUUGUAAUGAUUUAUUGUAUUGAAUAAAUAGCUGUACAGUUCUCUGAAGCACUGAUUUCUGGCUAGACAUUUGCAUACAUUUGUACAGAUAGAUUUAUAUGCGCAUAUAUAUAUAAAAUAGCUGUGAGCAGCCUUUUGUUCAGAAAAUAAUGAUACUCAAUAUCCAAUUAUAAAUCACAGAUGUAUGUGUUUAUUAGAAUUAAAGGCUUAGAGAGAGGUUAUAUUGCUUGUGGUAAUACCUCACAGUAACUGUAAGAAUUGCUACGGCAAGACAUUGUUAUGAGCAGUUACGUUAAAAUACAGUGUUUUCUGUUUCUUCAAAGUGGUAAAUGGGAUGUAAUAUUGCAUUGAUAAAUGUGUGGACCUUUCCAUUUAAAGUAUAUAAUUUUAAGAGAAAUAUCUGCUUGUGAAACACGUUUGAUACUAGAAUGGCCCCCUCCCCCUUUUGAACCAUCAUGGAUACAAUUGUAUUUGCCUAAAAACCACAGUGUACCUCUAUAUACAAUUUUCAAUCCAGAAUAACCUAAAAAUGAAAACAAUAAUUUAUUGGAAAUAUAUGCAUUUUGAAGGGAUAUCAAACACACAUUUUUCGUGAUUCAGAUAGAGCAUGCAAUUUUAAGCAACUUUCUAAUUUACUCCUAUUAUCACUUUUUCUUAGUUCUCUUGGUAUCUUUAUUUGAAAAGCAGGAAUUUGCCACCAAUCAACAAGCGUUACCCAGGGUGCUGAACAAAAAGAUGGGCCAGCUCCUAAGCUUACUUUUUUACUUUUCAAACAAAGAUUCCAAGAGAACAAAGAAAAUUUGACAAUAAGAGUAAAUUAGGAAGUUGCUUAAAAUUGCAUGCUCUAUCUGAAUCAUGAAAGAAAAAAAAUUGGGUUUCAUAUUCCUUUAACAAAGAUUCAAUAUUUUACUGUUUAAAACAGAGCUGCCAUGUGUUAACAUUAUGCAUUUGUUGCCUAAUAUAGAAGCUUAUUGUUUGGUUCCACUCCCCAGUUUUUUCACCAUGAUGAAAAUAAAUACACAGUAAAACAUUUUUAUCUGACACUGUGAACAAGUCUCAUUGAAAUGGUAGAAUGCUAGUUACUUUCUAUUCUAAUCAGUUUGUGGCAUUUAAUAUGUUUAUCUUUAUAUAUUAGUGUUUAUGUAUAUACACAUCUUCUUACUUAGAAUGUACAGGAGUCACUAGGUGCAUGACAACAGUAUAUUAGAAAAUGCCUGCAUACCAUGUAUUGCCAUAAAUAUUAGUCUUUUCACAAGACCACAAGCAGCUGGUGGAAUGAAAAGCAAUAUGAAACAAACAUUGUCUAAAUUGUUAAUGGUUUUAGCUUUGAUAGAAAUAGUAUUUUAAAAAUGCCAAGUAUAUAUUUAUUAACGUGUGGUUAUUGUAAGAAUAUAAACACAUUUACAUUAAUAGCAAUUACACAUCGGUCGCCAUAAUUGUAGUUAUUUAUGUACAAAAAAAAAACCUGUAAUUGUUAACACUUAAGGGUCAAUUUACUAAGUGUCGGGCAGACAUGAUUCGCUGUAGCGAAUCCUGUCCGCCCGACAUCGUUAACUGCCUACAGCAUACUCUGUCAGCAUUUAACAUUGCACAAGCAUUUCUUGUGAAAUGCUUGUGCAAUGCCACCCCCUGCACAUUUGCGGCGAAUCAGCCUCUAGCAGGGGGUGUCAAUCACCCUGAUCCUAUCUGGCCGCUGCUUCUUAACUUCUGAUUCCGGCGAGCCGGAAUCUACUGGCGGACAUAGCAGAAUCCGCUGCUUAUUAAAUCCCCCCUAAAAGUUAACAUUUUAUCCAAAAUGCAAUUAAGCAGCAUUUUAAAAAGUAAUUUUCAACACAAUAAAUAUACUGGUUAUCUUUGUAAUACCAAAGACACCACUGCCUUCAGCAAUUUACACUCCCCUUCAGAUUCGCAGGAGUAAUUCAAAGGAGACCACAUUUGAAGAACUCUGGAUAGGCCAAUAAACAGUGGUGCAUUUAAUGAUAUUAUGAGAAAUCUGCAAGCUAUUUUAUCAAAGGUGUAACACCUUUAAAGCUUAAAAUUCACCCUUCAUUUAAAUGGAUAGGAAAAAUAUCUCUUUAUAUUUAAACACAAAAUGAGUCAAGAAAAAAUGUUGUGGUUUAAACGGAUAUUUUAAUUUGUGUCUAUAUACUAACCUGUGAAAAGUAUAGAAGACCCUUUUACCUCAAAAUCCCUAAAAGUUUUAAUGUUGAUAUUGGUAUUUUUUAUCUUCUUGAUUAUGUUGAGUAUACUUGAUUAAAUUAUCUGAUCUUAAUGGUAUGGUUGUACUGAUUCCAUUUUUUAGACUGCCACAAUCAAACAGCUAACAUUUAAUAAAAUUGUACGUAGAAAGAAGGAUGAACGUUAAUAGUUUUGCUUCAUGAAGUUGAAGCAUUCCUCAGAGGCGGGUUUGAAAUAUUGCACAUUGAUAAUACUUUACAGUAGGGUGGGUAGCCUUGAGUUAACACUACAACUUGGCCCCCUGCACGAUAGGCAUUAAGAAAUGAAGAGAGGAAGAAUGAGAAAGAGAAAUUAUGUAACAAUACUAUGGAUAGAUGGAAAUGGAUGAGUAACAGGAUAAAAUGUAUUUAGAGAGAAGUGAGAGAGAGGUUUUUGCGUGAGAAGAAAAGUAUGUGUUAUAAACUAUUAUAUUUUCCCUGUGGGCCAGUAGCCUUCAGAGAAAAUGUUUUGGAAUAUCUUUUAUAUAUUUAUUUUAAUUUAUUAUGAUUGGGAACUAUAAGAAGAUUUGGGAAGAAAUUUUAAUCCAGCUUUAAUAUUAAACUUUAUUCAAAUAUACACAGGGCAAGCCAUAGCUUGUUUAAAUAUUAGCCCAAAUUACAGUAACAUGCUUGUUAGACCUCCUUUAUCAAUUACAAUCCCACAUUAGAACCCAAUAAGUUACCCUACAUAUCCUUUUUGCUAGCUAUGACCCUACAGCUGUCCCUUAUCAGGGGCAUUCUCCUGCAUCCCUCUUAUGACAGCUAUGGGCCAAGCCACAUCAAACACCAGACGAGAUGCACACCCAAUGUAUUCCAGCAAUGGCCACAUCAGACAUCAGUCACUAUAAAAGAUGCAUGCCUCAUUGUCCCUAUUAGCUUAAAUAUACCCUUUACUCACCAAUGAGUGGUAAGUAAUCCCAUGUGGCCCUACUGGUUCUUCCCCCGGGCAAUAAGAGCAGCUGUGCAAUAGAAGAUGAAAAGAUCCCAGACAUAUUUUGCAUGUUUCUAGAGUGAUAACAGUUAAAUGUGCAAAUAUAAUUUAGUUAAACAUAUCAUUCCAUUUUUGUAAAAUUAAAAAAAAAUGGUGCUCAACCAAUUAAAUGGCAGAUUGGUCAAAAUAACGUGCACAAACAUUUUCUGAAUCUGUAAUUAGAAUCAAUUUCUUAGGAAAAUGAUAAUCGUGUUAAUUUCAUGUAUUAAUUCAUAGUCCAUUUAGAAAUUAUUUAAAAUGCUAUGGCCAAGACAAUUUCCUUGUAGAAAAUAAUACUUUGUUGAGUUGCUGAAUUGUAAUGGUUGUGUCAGCAUAAACAUUUAGGUAUAAAUUAAAUCAGUGUAUUAAAAAGGCAGCGUCAAUAUUAUGGAUGAGCAUAGGUGCUAACAUUAAUCUGUCAUUCUAUUUUUUGCACAAAGACAAGAUGCAAUAGACCAACAAACCCAGGAGCCACUGGCUCCUAAAAUGUUACCCCUGGCUCCUAACUUUUUGGGUUAUUCUCCAUAUAUCUAUAUACAAAUCCAACUGUCUGGCUCCUAAAUAUUCUUACUGGCCUCUAAUUUUUAAACAGAUUUGUCAAGCACUGCGAUACAUUGAGUGUCUUACAUUAUUCAGUGGUCCACAUGUAACAUGACAUAUUGUAUUGUCAAGACUUGACAGUGUUGCAAUGCCAUUAAGGCCUUUAAAGGGACAGCGAACACCUUGAGAUUUUUACAUAAAGUGUUUAGAUAUGUGCGACGAAACAACUUUGCAAUAUAUUUUUAUUUUGCCUUUUGUUCUUGUAAUUUAGCUCUGCAAAUGUUGGCCUAGAUUCAUACACCCCUGAGGUUGUCGAGAAGUCGCAUUGUAAACACCAGAUCAUGUUCGAAAUUCAUUGAGCAUCACUUCAUGUACUUUUCCACAUGUUUAGUUGCCUGAGGUGCAAAAUGCAUAUUUUGCACAGCAAACAUGAACCGGUAGCAACGUAGUAAUACAAUAAUUACAGCUGCAGUACCUCAAAAACGCACUCACAGAAUAGUUUUUGUAAUUGUUUGUAAUGGUAAAAUAAUAGUAAGAUAUUCAGGUGUCUGUUUUGUUAUGGUAAAGUCAUCUCGCUGGAUAGAGCAUCUCUCCUGUAGUACUAGAUUACCAAUCCUUAUCGUAUACCUCUAUCUCUGUUCCCAGCGCUACAGAAUUCUGCGGUGCUAUAAAAGUAAAUUAUAAUAAUAAUAGAACGAAAGGUGUCUUGAGAGGCUGGUCAUGGGUGUACUGGAGAUGUGAUCAGGAAGUUUCACCUACACUUAGGCCCAUCUCACGGUCGUUUCUCACUGUUUCAAAACUGAUAAAGUUGUCUCCUUUUCUUUUACAUCUCCUUAACGGUUUUCUUUUGUGCAUAUGUUAGGGAUGGUUUAUAGAGGAAGGUUUUUUGUUUUAUUUUUGUCUUUUCUGUGAUGCCGGUGUCCUUUACAGUGAGAUUCAUUUUAUGCGAUGAGUAGUGUAUAGUUACAAGAUAGAUGCUGGUUCAUUCAUUAUAAUCAAGAGUAUCUCGCAACUCCUGGAUGUGACAAGGGGCGCAUGCAAAGUUUUCUUCUGUCAUAUUUGAGUUGUAAUGUGGCAGCAAGUUGUUUCUGUGUGAUAUUACAUUCAUAAACUGGAUUUAUUGAAUCUAAGUUAGUCAUGUGGCGGUUUCCAGCAUAAGAAGUUAAAUCAUGAGAUAGUCUUACUUAUAUAUAAUGUCUUAUACAAAUAACCUGCUUAUAAAACAUUUGCUACCCCAAAUAAUCUAGAUGUAUAACAGUAUGAGUUCAAUAAUGGUGUGAUGAUACAAAACUGCAAGUGGUUCUGCUACACACUGAUGCUCUCACAAGAAUUAAGCUCAAGCUCGAUUACCUCAAACCAGCUUAUCAAGCCAGAACAUGGGCUACUGCUAGUUAUUUGAGCAGGCACAAUGUUUGAAUGCUUCAGAAUUGGGCACAAGCAGCAUAUGUACAUAUGCCCCUGACAAAAGGCAUUUUUUGUAAGAUGCUUCUGUUUAAAAUUAAAAUACUUAUGCCCAUUACCAUUCUGGCUAUCACAUCAUUGUAAGUAUUUUAUUACUAUGUAGCUGUAUCAGUCAUUAAACUGAUGAGUCCUUGUCAUACAGGUAAAUGUUUCAUAGGGAAAAAUACCAUAAAUAUCACAUUAUAUUUCAACUGGUGAUAGGCUGCCAUGUGUGUGUUGUGUCACAUGACAGAACAACCAAUGUGUUUUACUAUAUUCUUUUGAAAUCAUACUGGGUGGGUAUUGUAUGUGGUAAUAACUAAAAUGUAUAUAAUUAAUUCUUACAAUGUUUACAUUAGAGAUUUCUAUGGUAAUGUAAAGAUACUAACUGAGUAGGUGCUAGGCUUGUAUAAUUACUUUGUCCAUUGUCCAACUGUUACUGAUCAUUCUGUAAAAAUGUUGGAGUUGUUUUAAAACCCUAAAAUAUAACAAUAUACAUCAGUAAAAUUGUUUUUGUAAAAAAAAUUUUUUGCCACUUAGUUCCUUUUUUCAUUAAAGGGACACUGAACCCAAUUUUUUUCUUACAUGAUUCAGGUAGAGCAUGCAAUUUUAAGCAACUUUCUAAUUUACUCCUAUUAUCAUUUUUUCUUCGUUCUCUUGCUAUCUUUAUUUGAAAAUCAUUAAUGUAAAUCUUAGUAGCCAGCCCAUUUUAGGUUCAGCACCAUGGAUAGUGUUUGCUUAUUGGAGGCUGACAUUUACCCACCAAUAAGCAAGCAUAACCCAGGUUCUCAACCAAAAAUGGGUUGGCUCCUAUGCAUCACAUUCCAGCUUUUUAAUUAAAGAUAGCAAGAGAACAAAGAAAAUUUGAUAAUAGGAGUAAAUUAUAAAGUUGCUUAAAAUUGCAUGCUCUAUCUGAAUCAUUAAAGAAAAAAUUUGCGUUUAGUGUCCCUUUAAAACAAUUGACAUUUAAUUAAAGUAUCAUAGAACAAAAGCUAAGGAAUAUGUGUACAUAAUUAUAUAUUAAGAAAAUAGAAACAUUUAUUUGGGGAUUUAAAAAAAAUGAUUUUGCACACUGAUAAAAACAACAAUAUUGUUACACCUAGGAAGAUAAACAGAUUUGACCUUAAAGGGACAUUAAACACUUUGAGAUAGUAAUAUAAAAUGGUAAAUCACAUAUAUAUAUAUAUAUAUAAAAACAAACUGCAAUUUACUUUCAUUGUUUAUUUUGUCCCCUUUUCCUGCAAUUCCAUUCUGAAAUUGUGAACUUUUCACUUCCUGUUAGAAAUGGAAGUGCAUAACACUUUUGUAUUCCACACAGCCAUUGGCUGUACACUCUAACAACCUAUUUAUAACGUCUCUAAUUGGCCACAGCAGAGAAGGUAACCUAAGUUACAACAUAGCAGCUCCCAAUGUUUUAUGGACACUAAGGGGCCGAUUUAUCAAGGGCCGAAUGGCUCCUGAUGCUCCUGUUUCCGCGCAAGCUUUUAGGCUUGCCAGAAACAGCAGUUAUGAAGCAGCGGUCUUAGGACUGCUGCUCCUUAACUGGUCCGCCGUCUCUGAGGCUGCGGACAUCAAUCCGCACAAUCCUAUACAAUCAGGUUGAUUGACACUCCCUGCUAGCGGCCGAUUGGCCGCAAAUCUGUAUGGGGCAGCAUUGCACAAGCAGUUCACCAGAACUGCUUGUGGAAUGAUAAAUGCCGACAGCGUAUGCUGUCGGCAUUCAAAGAUGUCUGGCGAACAUGAUACACUACAGCCUAUCAUGUCCGCCAGACUUUAAUAAAUCGGCUCCUAAAACUUUACACCUAUUUUGUCAAUAUUUAAACAGCUAAUAAAACUUUAAAAAUACAUCUACGUGUUAUUCUCAGACUAAUCUUUUCUUUGAAUGCAUCAUUUUAUCUAGCAUUUAUUUAGUGUUUAAUGUCUCGUUAAAAAAUCACACUACUUCUAACACCUUAUUUGUAAAUGUAAUGUUUUGUUUUGUUUUAUUUUAAUCUCUGCUUUCAUUUUUUUUUUUUCAUCUUUGCUUUGAUAACAUUUCCUAUAAUGUGAUUUACUUUAGAUAUAAAACUAAUUGUGGGAAAUAAAAUAUUAAUUUAAAAUAUAUAUAUAAAUGUAUAGCAUUGCUAAGAUUGAGAGGAUUAUGCUUGCUCAUAGUAACCUUAAAUGGACAUUAACAUCUUUUGUUUUUUUUAUAAAAAAGUACUGUGUUCCACGCUCUUUAAAGAGGCCAAAAAGUAAAAUCUGUAACCUAGAUUUUUAAAAUGCUGCAAACUGUCCACCAGCUAUCUGAUUUGCAGCAUUUGCAGGUUACAAAAUUUGCUUUUUGGCCUCUUAGGGAGCGUGAAACAAUCAACAUUUUUACACAAAAGUAAAAGGUGUUUAAUGUUGUUUUAACUUCCUUUUUUUUGUGAAUAGGGGCACAAUGAAUAUAUUGCACAUUGUUUAGGAAUCAUAUUUAUAUAUACACAAUAUCACAGGUGUGAAAAUGUUUGUCCGUACAUAUGUAUUAGUAACCUGAAUGUUCUUCAUUUUAUUGCAUGACUUCGCUAAAAAUAAACUCUGUAGAAUGGGAUACUCAAAUACACUUCCUCCCAAAUCAUUAGGCAACUGUGUCUUUUAUCUUGUUUGAAUGUUUUGUAUACAAAUAUUUUUUUUGGGGGGGGGGGUUCUGGGCUCACAUGGUUAAGCUAACAGUUUUUUUGGAGACUGGAUCACUUUUAUGCUCAGUUGUAUAAAAAAAAAAAAAGAAAUUAAAAAAAUAAACUUUUUGUCACUUGUUUUCUGGUUCACGUUCACUGUCUAAAAAAAUGUCAAAGAUACAAAACUUGGGUAAAAAUGGCAAUAAAAAUGAAUACAAAUCA